CCUGCCUCAUGUUCGAAAUUGCCUUGUGGGUGCAAUUGCUCGUAUUGACGUCCUACAUGAUUAUUGUUACGAGCUUACAUUUAACGAUAAUCUGACAUAGAAUAUACGACCUUACAACGACUUGGGCACGUCUUCCUUUGAAGGCUGGAGCAAAUAGAAUUCAAGUUGACAUACUGGAGGAACCAAGAUGCCCAAUAUAAACGCCAUUGUUGGUCUUGUGGAAGACGAUGGUACAGCACGAAAACACCGUAAAUCAACGAGGAAGGAGACCAUUUUGAGUUUGGUGGAAAUGUUGCUAAGAGAAGACGGUAACAUUUCUCAGGAGGAAGCACCUGUUCUAGAAGACGACAGGGAUGUUCCGACGGUGGAUGAACACCUUCAAGCCGCGGGUGCAGACACAUUCUACAGGUUUCACAAGAGGAUCAACAAUCUGGACACAGAGCUGCGCAACUUCGCCAAUGCUGCGCGCCAACUGGGGAGUUCCGCAGCGAUUCUCUCCUCCGCUUUCCACCUACGCGAACGCCUCGCCCACCUGCUUCACCUUUACCGAGAAAAUGCUGCCGAUCUUUUUCCCCGGAAAAUUACUCAUGUCACGCAUAUUAACAAUGUCGAAGCUGAAACGCAUAUGAGGAGACUACAUCGACGUGCUAAACCCUCGCGGCCCCCGCAGCAUUUCUCGAGGCCCGUCAUCGACGAGAAUUUGGAUCUUGAGGACUUUCCAGAUCAGUUCGAAGCCCUGGCGAAGGACAUUACAACUUUCAUGAAUUGUUUGAAUGAAUUCCCAGAGUUUACGGACGAAGCAGUUAAUGCCUCGAUAUCUGCCUUUGAAGGUGACUUAAAAUAUUGGGCCUCGUGUCUACGCGUGUAUCAAGGGCAAUUUCGGUACCCUGCGGUACAACGGUACAUACACGACCUCACAUCUGAGAUGGGCGAACACAUCGACAGCAUCACGUCAACCCUAUCUAUGUUCAUCGAAGUCGGUGUGCCCACUAUCCGCUUCGCGCAAAAACACGGGGCUACCAACUUACUUAAUCUCUCUACCGUCGCUACCUUCUUUUCUGCCGUGACAGCGACAACGAUGCAGUUUUCAUACGAGCUUCAGGGCAGUACUGCUGCAGUGGUAAACUCUUUCUGGUUUGCCUCUCUGGUAUUUUCAAUUGCAGCCGCUGUGAAUAGUUUACUGGGUCUCACGUGGAAACAAGCUAUGUAUCGUUCUCCGGGCCAUCGAGUCCCGUGGUGGGUUCUCAUAUGGAUUAAACGAUCCCCCCUCGUAUUCCUCGUGAUGUCUGUGGCGUGCUUCUCUAUAGGUCUUUGUUGUUUCGCAUAUGCAUCCGGCCAACACCACGUUACCUCAACGAUAACGACAGUCUUUACUGCGUUCACCUCCUUCGGUCUUUGUGCCGUGUCCGCGUGGUUUGCAUCCGAACGUUGGACGUUCCUUCGCCACAGUGGCAGAAAAUGGCUUAGUGAUGUCCUCCUCGAAGUCACAGACAAAUUUCUUAAUCUCCCCGGUAUGGACAUGAUACGGCUUUGCGUCCGUAAAUUUGAGCAGUCCGUUGAGCGAAUGAGCAGUUCGAUAUCGAAAGUCGGCACCAAGACCGUUAGUUUGAUAUCUCACGGAAGUGGGAGUGACGAUGAAAAGCAUGAUGAUAUAGAGACUGGAAAUGGUGCCAUUCUACCAUUGACCAGCCCUCCCAAUUCCCCCACCUUGAAACUUCGAGGGGCUUCGGAUCCAUCUCCGGAGACUAGCGGCACUAUUAGUCCUGCUCCAACAACACCAACAAUCGAAGGACCUGCACCUUCAAUUUCAUCGGAAGAGCCUUCGGUCGGUAGACAACUCUGGAAGAAUGCAAUACGAACGGUGAAGAUGCGAUCGGCGGUAUCCUCAAAUAUCGCAGCCAUGGCUAGCGCGAGGAAUCCCCAUCGUCGGCGAACGACGUCAUCUACGUUGAACGGUAGAAAGAGGUCGACUGGAAAUGGUCCUGUGCUACGAUCCCGCGUUGCAACGCUGACUCCUCAGUUGAGGUCUUUACAACCAACAAGGGAUCUCACUGCUCAUCAAGCGCUUGUCAAGCAUAUUCAAUUCUCGCCCAACGGGAAGUUUUUGGCUACGUCAAGUUGGGAUAGAACUUCGUUGAUUUUCCGAGUCGGCGAUACGUUCGAAUCGCACCGUAUUCUUGCACAUGCAAAAGGCUUUGUGAACCAGGUUGCUUGGUCGCCCUCCGGACAUCUCCUACUGACGAAACUGAGCAAGAGUAUCAAGAUCUGGACGGAGGAUGGUGUAUGUUUGAGGACAAUCGACAGAUCUGACACAACAAUUGAAUCAAUAACGUGGUUGCCCGAUGGGACCGGAUUUUUGUCUGUGGAAGGUAGCAACGUAACAAAACUGGAUCUUUUGGGCAAGGUGGUCGGUCAAUACGACUUCGAAAAUAUGAAGCUCCAUGAUGUUGCUGUCACCCCUGAUGGCCUACGUCUUUUGGGUAUCGGUCCGCUAACGGCGUCCCCCACUGGUUUGAAGCCAAGUAAACCUAGAGCAGUAGAGAAACGACUUGCAGUGUACAACACGCAGACGAAUCAGAUUGAACAUCAAACGCCGGUUCUCAAUGAUGUCCGUGACAUCACAUUGGCAAGGAACACGAAGAACGGCUUAAUUGCUUUGGUCAGUUACGAGUACAAGGCACCACCCCAAUUAUGGAAAAUUGACAUUGUCAAAGAUCAUCGAGACAAUAGUUCGCAGAUGGUCGCUCGUUUCACUCUAAGACAUACCUACAUGCCCAAGGGCUCUGUUGAAUUUGCUGGACCGAGUUACUUUGGUGGGAAAAACGACGAAUUGGUCUUAUGUGCAGGAAAAGCUGGGGAUAUUCACAUCUGGGACCAAGAAUCCGGAGCUCUGCUACAUUAUGUGCGUGCUCAAGCAUUAGGCGGUGAUCUCACAUGCAUGGCAUGGAAUCCUGCUGCAGAAGACCCCUACAUGUUCGCCACCGGAAGUCAUGAUGGCGCUGUACGGAUAUGGACACGACCCCAGCCCGAGCCUUCGGAUAAUGCCGAUAACGGUGGCGGGAGCGCCAAUUUCACGCCUCGCACGGCAUCACCUAUGCCGUUUGAGAUGGACCGGACGGAUAGCCCGUUAUCACAGCAGGACUUCGAUGACAUGUCGAUACCGGAGAGCGACAACGAUUUGCCGAUGAGGGAGCGCAUGGUAGCAUUUACUGCAGAUCGCGCACUGAGGAGAGCAGACUGAGCGGGUUUCUUGUGCAGGAUUGCCAUCCGCAUGUUAAGCCGUAGAUAGGCUAUGAUGUAUUUACUGAUUAUUACAUGCUGUAACGUAUAGAUGAGCAUGGUUUUGGAGCAACUCUCGCCGGGAAAUAUGCAAUGGAAAUGGAAAAU